UGCAAAAUGGCAGACAUUGGAAUAUUAUUACGCCCACCUCACGCAGCUAUUUGUCUAGUGUUAUUAGCCUGGAUUCCCAGGAUAGCGAAUUCAAAUGAACGAAAGAAUGUCCUGGUAAUUAUUGGAGACGAUGCAGGCUUCGAAACGCAGGUGUACGACAACACGGUCUGCAAAACUCCGAAUUUAAACGCUUUGGGGAAGCGCAGUGUAAUUUUUAGAAAAGCUUUCACUUCAGUCAGUAGCUGCUCUCCAAGCAGGUCAGCUAUUCUAACAGGUCUUCCUCAGCAUCAGAAUGGUAUGUAUGGUCUUCACCAUGAUGUUCAUCACUUUAAUUCGUUUGAUGCAGUCAGAAGUUUACCAUUGCUCCUGCAAAAGGCAAAUGUGAGAACUGGAAUUAUUGGAAAGAAGCAUGUUGGACCUGAAACAGUGUAUCCAUUUGAAUUUGCAUACACAGAAGACCAUCACUCUAUACUUCAAGUUGGCCGCAACAUCACCUACAUUAAAGAACUGACACAGAAGUUUUUCCAAGGAUCUCUGAAUGACUCGCGCCCAUUCUUUUUAUACAUUGGCUUUCAUGACCCCCAUCGAUGUGGACACACCAAUCCUGAAUAUGGAAGCUUUUGUGAGAAGUUUGGAAAUGGUGAAACAGGCAUGGGGCUUAUUCCUGACUGGAAGCCAAUACACUACUCCCCUGAGGAUGUGAUUGUGCCAUAUUUUGUACAAGACACACCAGCAGCAAGACAGGACAUUGCUAACCAGUACACAACAAUCAGUCGCCUUGAUCAGGGCAUAGGGCUUAUCUUGGAGGAACUUCGGCAGGCAGGCUUUGAAGACAACACCUUAGUCAUAUACAGCUCUGACAAUGGCAUACCAUUCCCAACUGGUCGAACAAACCUGUUUGAUCCAGGCAUGGCAGAGCCCUACCUUGUAUCAUCACCUUACACCCCUGAACGCUGGGGCCAGGAGAGUGAUGCUAUGGUUAGUCUACUUGAUAUAGUUCCUACAGUCCUGGAUUGGUUUGGACUUGAUUACCCCACAUACAAGCUUCUGGGACCCAAUCCAGUACAGUUAACAGGGAAGUCAGUGUUACCUGUAUUAAAAGAGGAACCACAAUCUGGUUGGGAUACAGUCUUUGCCAGCCACAACUUACAUGAAGUGACAAUGUAUUAUCCAAUGAGAGUUAUUCGAAACACAACCUUCAAACUGAUACAUAACCUCAACUAUAAGAUGCCAUUUCCUAUUGAUCAAGACUUUUUUGUCUCACCAACUUAUCAAGAUCUUCUGAAUCGCACAGAGGAGGGUAAGCCAACUAGAUGGUUUCGCACACUUGAUCAGUAUUAUUAUCGACCUCAGUGGGAACUAUAUGAUCUCAAAAAUGACCCAGAGGAGCUGACAAACCUGUAUGGUAAACCUGCCUAUCAGGAUGUCAUCAUGGAAUUACAUGGCAAGUUGAAUGCUUGGCAAAAUAAAACAGAUGACCCAUGGAUUUGUGCACCAAGAGGUGUUCUAGAAAACAGGGGAAGAUAUCCUAUAACAGGUGUGUGUUUGUCAAUGGACAAUGGCACAUGAUUUAAAAUCAAAUCUGAAAAUGUUUUUAUGGUAACUUUUAUAGAAUGAUAACUUUUAUAGAAUGAUUUUUUUUUUAAUUUUUGAAAAAAUUCUCAUCACAGCAUAUUUCAUAAAGAAGGUAAAGAGAUUGAAGUUGAAUUUUUUCUUUGUAGCAAAGGAACAAUAAUUAAUUCAUAUUGUACAGGAUAACUUUUGUAUUGAAAGUUAUUACCAAGUAGAAUACAGCUUACUGGUACUAAAAAUGGUCAUGAUGCUUGGGAGAAGUACCACAGUACUGAUUUUUGUUCAGUCUAAAUUUUCUUAUGAAUCAUUGCAUUCCUGUAUCUAAAUUGUGGGGCAGAAACAUCUAUCUUUGGCAUUUGGUGGCAAGUAGGAAUUUUAAAUCAAGGUCUGCAAGAUUUGAACCUGAAUACUGAAUAAACAGGUACUAGAAAUGUACCAAGAGUCAAGGCA